UGUUUUUCCCCACUUUAACCGGAUAAUUUGGACCCUAAACUUUGCCAUUAAUAGAACUCUCAAACACACACAACUCUCAAAACUUCCUCUGUUUGGUCCGAAUCUAACCCUAAUCUUAAAAAAAAUCACAUCACAUCACAUCACAUAGCGCCGCAAAUUAAUGGCAGACGUCAAGAUUCAAUCUGAAUCCUCGGAUUCUCAGCCGCUUGCUGUCGACGACAACAACCCACCACCGCCACCGCAGCCUCAGCCUCCGGUUGAAGAAGAGGUUGUAGUAGAGAACCACCAACCAAAAGCAUCUCUGACUCCACCGCCGCCACCGUAUAUGGCUAUGAGAUAUCCACCAGCGGUUGUAAUGCCUCACCAUAUGAUGUACGCGCCGCCGCCUCCUUACUCACCUUAUCAUCAGUACCCGAAUCAGCACCAUCCUUAUCAGUCUCGUGGUAAUAACAAUAAGUAUCAGAACGCAUCUAAUGGUGAGAACAAAACCAUUUGGGUUGGUGAUUUGCAUCAUUGGAUGGAUGAGGCUUAUCUCAAUUCUUCUUUUGGAUCCGCCGGCGAGGUGCCGAUUGUUUCUGUUAAGGUGAUCCGUAACAAGCACACUGGUUUAUCAGAAGGCUAUGGGUUUGUGGAGUUUGAAUCCCAUGAUGUAGCUGAUAAGGUUUUGCAGAAGUUCAAUGGAACGACUAUGUUACGUACAGAGCAACCUUUCCGUUUGAACUGGGCUAGUUUUAGCACUGGUGAGAAGAGGUUGGAGAACAAUGGACCUGAUCUCUCUAUCUUUGUGGGGGAUUUGGCUCCGGAUGUGUCUGAUGCUUUGUUGCACGAGACGUUCUCUGAGAAGUACCCGUCUGUGAAAGCUGCUAAAGUUGUCAUUGAUGCUAAUACCGGGAGAUCGAAAGGCUAUGGCUUUGUGAGGUUUGGUGAUGAGAAUGAAAGGACCAAAGCAAUGACUGAGAUGAAUGGUGUUAAGUGUUCUAGUAGAGCUAUGCGAAUCGGUCCUGCUACCCCGAGGAAGACUACUGGUUAUCAACAACAAGGUGGAUACAUGCCGAAUGGUCCCAUGGCGCGUCCUGAAGGGGACACACUAAACACAACAAUAUUUGUUGGAGGACUUGACUCUAGUGUCACUGAUGAAGACCUAAGGCAACCUUUCGCUGAAUAUGGAGAAAUUGUCUCUGUCAAGAUUCCUGUUGGUAAAGGAUGUGGGUUUGUUCAAUUUGUUAGCAGACCAAGUGCAGAGGACGCUUUGGAGAAACUCAAUGGGACUGUAAUUGGAAAGCAAACAGUUCGGCUUUCUUGGGGACGUAAUCCAGCUAAUAAGCAGCCAAGGGAUAAGUAUGGAAACCAAUGGGUUGUACCAUACUACGGAGGACAGUACUACAACGGGUAUGGAUACAUGGCACCGCAGCCUCAUGACCCGAGAAUGUAUCCCGCUGCACCUUACGGAGGGUAUCCAAUGUACGGUGGCCAUCAGCAACAAGUUAGCUAAGGAAACUAAAAGCUUAAUCUGAUCAUCUAUCUGUAGGGCAAACAAAACAAAAACUCACUCAAGUUAGGUGAUGUUAAGAGGUUCAAGGAGACAAAAAGUGGUUUGGCUUCUUGUCUCUCCUUGAGUUUAGGGCUUUUUAUCUUUCUAGUGGAAAAACAAAUUUUGGUGGAAACCAUAGUAGUAAUUUAGGGGACUUGGAUUUGAUUGAUUAAUUUGAUUUGUUUCUUCAGAA